UAUAUUUGUGCCUCAAUCCUGAGCGAGUAAUUGUAAGUUUUAAGCACAGAGAACUAUAUUUUGCAAGCACAUUACAUUAUAUUUUGAACAGAAAUUAACAAUCGCAAAAAAAAAAUCGUUUGAGCUAAGAAAAAACUAUUCCGUGCUCAAUAAAUGUAUUUGCUUGUUUGCUAUUAUCCAUAACGUGCAGUAAUAACCCCUCUCACGCAGUUUACUCAGGUGCUCUCUCACAAACUUAUUCUCUGCGCUCCAGUCAAGUCUCUCUCUCUCUCUCUCUCUCAACCUCUUAGUUCUGUGCGCGCUCAACUCUUGACACACGCUCGCUCAACUUACAACCAACAGCGUUACAAGUGUGCCACAAAAUCAACCAAUCGGAAAAUUGAAGGUCAAUUGUGAUUGGCUGUUGGUCUCCAAUCAAAUCGUUAGUAGAACCAAAGACCGUCUGGUAGAACUAUCUACAGCAUCCCGGAAUCUUACUGAAAAAAAUCUACAAAAAUAACUGACUACAGCGAGACUAAUGGAUUAAAACACAUUUUGCAUUCUAACGCUAGCAGAGCCGCAGACAAUGUCAUCAGAACAGCAACACCUAAAUGUCCCACCACAGCCACAUGAUUUGCUGAGACAGCACUUGAUGGAGAGACUUCUUACCAGACUGCAAUCUGCCAUAAACCAACUACCACUAAAUUUGGAUUAUUUGGAGUUUCUGACACGCCAUGAGCUUAUUCUGUUUGAAUCGUUCUCUGAGCAGAUAGGCAGUGUAUCAAACAUUACAGAAGCACUACAAAACCUCUAUGAUGUUAUCAAAAGGGAAAUUAAUGCCAGAUCUAUGCCCAUUGUUGAAAAGGAAACAGAGGUUGGUCCAGGUUCUGGUCACCCCAAAAUUGUAAUAGAGAAAGAAAAACUAAAGAAUUUGCUGGACACACAUCUGCCAGUCUCCUGCAUUGCAAAAUUUUUGUGUGUUUCAAGGAGAACAAUUUACAGAAGAAUGCAAGAAUUUGGCUUAUCUGUAAGAGGAUCAUACAGCACAGUGACUGACCAAGAGCUUGACAACAUGAUUUCAGCCAUUAAAAGUCAGAUGCCAAAUGCUGGUUAUCGAAUGGUUCAAGGCCAUUUGGUGUCAAUGGGUCUCUGCAUUCAGUGGUGGAGAAUGAUGGCCUCUAUGCAUCGGGUUGAUGCUGCAGGGAUCUUCUUACGGCUUACAGAACUAGGUUGUGUUGUGCGAAGAAGUUAUUCUGUGCGAGGCCCUCUGUCCUUGGCCCACAUUGACACAAAUCACAAACUGAUCAGAUACAACAUUGUCCUCUUUGGAGGAGUGGAUGGCUACUCAAGGAAGAUCUUGUACUUGGAUGCUGCAACAAAUAACAAAGCAUCAACUGUAUUUUCAUUCUUCCUGAGAUCAACCCAGCUUCAUGGCUUACCAUCAAGAGUAAGGGGGGAUCAGGGUGUUGAGAACGUGGACAUCGCACACUUUAUGUUCGCCACACGGGGAACAGGAAGAGCCAGCUUUAUCUCGGGAAAGAGUGUCCACAAUCAGAGAAUAGAGCGACUUUGGCGGGAUGUCUGGGUUGCAGUCACUAGCAAGUACCACGAUGUUCUUCACUCUCUGGAGGAAGACGGUCUGCUUGAUAUCUCUGAUGAGGUUCAUCUCUUUGGUGUCCACUACAUCUUUGUCCCUCGACUCCGAGCAGACCUUGAUACCUUCACUGGAGGAUGGAAUAAUCAUCCUCUACGGACAGAGGGAGGUCUCAGUCCUGAACAGCUGUGGUAUAUGGGACAUCACCAAGAUCUAGACGAAGGGGAGAGUCUUGAGGAACUUCAAGAUCCAGGCAUUGAAUGGGAGAGUGCAAUGCUGCAAGGAGACACUAACGGUACAGUUGUGGUUCCCGAAAUUGUGUGCCCACUGGAUGAUGAAGCCCUGGAAGAACUUCAGAGAACUAUUGAUCCUAUGGAACAUUCUCAGUCACAUGGUCGUGACUUGUACACACGAUACUUGAACAUAGUAUCCAACCAACAAUAACAUUUAAACCUGAACUUCUUAGCUGGUUACAAUAUUGCACUUGGCAAAAACAUCCCAUUAUGUUUACUAAUGAACCAGCAAAAAAAAAAAGGCACUUAAGGAGUGCCACCCUUUGGGAUGUAUAACUAACAGUAGCAACAACUGUUAUGAGUUCUAUCUAGCUCUAAAAAAAGAAAUACUAAAGAUGUUAUACAACUAGUGGUGAAAAAAGUAAAAGUGCUGAGUUCACCCAUUUUGGGAAGUCCCUAAAUAAAAAACAAAUUAACAGGUAAUGGUAGUUUACUUCUACAUAUUUACCACAAUAAUUGGUUUACAAUUUGUAAUAAUUUCACAGAUCACUGAUUUUUUUAUGAACUACUUUUACCAGUCUUUUGUCUGAAUAUGGAACUUCCCAAAACUUGUAAACUCAGCAGCACCCAGAAGAGUACUUUUUACUUUUGCCAUCUCUGUAUGUACAAUAUUCUAAAUAAAAUCAGUAAACAAUGA